ACCUUUCGUUUUUUUGUUUCAGUUCAGGGAUUUUUCGUGUCUGACGUUUUUGUUUUCUGAAUUUAUUUUUUGUUUUUGUUAUUUCGUGUUGUUUACGAAAUUUUAUGCAAAUCGAACAGUGAAAAAUUUCUAACAAAUUUAGAAGUAUUUGCUGUAGCACAAAAUUGAGCGAUGACACACCCGGCCAUUUAUGCGAUAACACUUGGUGUAGCACUAGGAGCAGCUAUUUUUGCGUAUUUCGCAGCGGCAAAACAUCGUCAAGAACAUCCACACCAUCGGUACGAUACGGGAGAUUGGCGAUAUGGACGGUCUGACUCGGAAUCGUGGGGAGGCGGAUCGAGAUCGAAGAGCAGAACUGGCAGAGAAAUAUGUUCGAUAUGCUUAGAAACGAUUGACAAAGGCGCUGGUGAUCGACUUCCCUGUGAGCACGAAUUUCACGGGAAAUGUCUCGUCGAGUUAAAGAAACGAUACAACUUUUGUCCGAAUUGUCGGCGACCAUUUUAGGGAAAUUCAUUUUUUUCCCGCUUUUUGUUCAAUUGUUUCUUUUUUGGGGUGCAGAACGAAAUUGAACUGUGAAACGGAAAUUGAAAUUAUUUUGUUGGAUUUAUAUAAAUUGCGCGUUGGCUUCCAUUUAUUACGAAUAUAGGUAAUAAGAACGGGACAAUCGUUGUGUGUGUUAGAUUUUGUUUUUAAUGUUUGUUAUAAUCUAAUCAAAUUCGUGUUGCAUCACAACUCUGGAUUAUAAUGAAUUUAAUUUAUCAAUUCGAAAAUUGUCGACACAUAAAAAUUUACCGUGUGUAUCAAGUGAAUAAACCGAUUCAAUUUCACUGUUAGCAAUGUUGAGAUUAAGAUGCAAUCGUCUCGUUAUAUAACAAUUUCAAAAUAGGUCAUCAAGAGCGCGUACAGAAAUUCUUUUUUUUUAUCGCUCAGUGAACGCGCUGAGUUAAACUCUAACCUCAAGAACAUGAUUAACUGAGCGACAAAAGUUAACGCCAGUGAAAGAAAUACAAU